AUUUGGGUUCUCCCAUUAUCGAACCGCCCGUUCGUCGUCGGAUGAUGACGAUGCAGCCGCUGCUUCCGGCUGCUGCGUCCUCCUCUUCUUUCUCCUCUCUCAACCUUCUCCGUCGAAACCCUAACCGGUCUAGGGUUUCUCCCAGGGCUCUUCGAUGCAGUUCUUAUCCGGAUCUGGACCCGGAGUCGCCUCCUCCUCGUGGUGAGAUUAGAGUCAACCAUGCCGGGGUGCGGCUGGAAGAGAGGGUCGAGGUCGGAGCGGAGAAGACGAGGAUCGAUUCCUGGAUCUCCUCUCGGAUUCGAGGGGUCAGUCGAGCUCGGAUUCAGUCGAGCAUCCGCUCCGGCCUCGUCGCCGUCAACGGCCGAACCGUUAACAAGGUUUCCCAUAUUAUCAAAGGAGGGGACAUGGUUAGCUGCAUGAUCUCCAAGUUGCAACCUUUGAAGGCUGAACCAGAAGAUAUGCCUUUGGAUAUUGUAUAUGAAGAUGAGCAUGUUCUCGUUGUCAACAAACCUGCACAUAUGGUUGUUCACCCAGCCCCUGGAAAUGCUAAUGGGACACUAGUAAAUGCUAUUCUUCACCACUGUAGGCUUCCAAUAAGAGCAUUUGCAAACAAUAUCCAAAUUUCUGACACUGAGGAAUGUUCUGAAUCAUCUGACAGUGACAUUGAAGAAGUUUGUGCUGAUCAGUCUUCCAUGGAAGAAGUGGGCAUAGAAAAUUAUGAGGCUCUUGUUCGACCUGGUAUUGUGCACAGAUUGGACAAGGGGACAAGUGGACUUCUUGUUGUAGCCAAGGAUGACCAUUCCCAUGCCCACCUAGCUGAGCAGUUCAAAAAACAUACAAUCCAUAGAGUAUACAUGAGUCUUACUUCUGGAGUUCCUAAUCCAAGUUAUGGAAGGAUAGAAAUACCCAUAGCUCGUGAUUCUAACAACAGGAUUCGGAUGGUUGCUGUUUCUGGUUUGAAUAACAGUAGACAUGCUCGCUAUGCUGCUAGUAGGUACAAGGUAAUUGAGGAUUUCAUGGGCGGUGGGGCAGCUCUGGUGCAGUGGAGACUGGAAACAGGUCGCACUCAUCAGAUACGUGCACAUGCAAAGUACCUUGGAAUUCCCCUGUUGGGCGACGAAGUGUAUGGAGGUACGAAAGACAUGGCUCUGUCACUUCUCAGACCAAGAACUCCUCCAACUUACCAUGGCCACCUGUCAAACAUAAUAUCGAAAUUGCAAAGGCCAUGCCUCCAUGCUUUUUCAAUAGGAUUUAAGCAUCCUCACACAGGUGAAUUCCUACAAUUUUCAUGCCCGCCACCUGAUGAUUUUUCCAAGGUAUUGGAUCAGCUCCGAUCUAUAUCUGACUGUUGUGCAAAGAUUUAGGAGAUGGAAGCGGACCAGAAUUGGAUUGUGAGGAGUGAGCCCGAGGCAUCAAUAUGACAUUUGGAUGACAACAUAACCCCAACACACAAAGUUGUUUUAAGUUGUUGGCCAACAUCAAUAUAUUUGGUUUGAUGGUCUUGCGAGACUGAGCUUUUUGUAUCUUGUGGACCAUACAAGAUAAAGGCGGUGAACUAUGCAUGUGGAUUGGAUUGGCAAGUUUAAGGCUCCAAAUACAUGAUGUAGUGGCUAUGUGAGUUCCAUGGUGCACCCACCAAAGAUCUACUGAUGAUGUCAUAUGCAUUCACAGUGAAUUCGUAUUCCUAAAAGAUCUACUGCUGGUCAGUGAAAUGUUGGAAUUUGAAACUAACUUUGUGUUCAUAUAAUUUUAUGUUAACGAUACAUUUGAUAUA